AAUACGUGUUGUCUUCUGAUCUUUUUAUAACAGGUUACAGUGGUCCUUAAAGUCAUCAUCACAACGUGUUCUAGAACUCACUUUCGUUGAAUACAGAGAUGGAUUCUGGGAAUCACAGCCACGUCACACCCUCCCAGUCUAGCGAGAAAGGUUGGGUGAGCGAUGAACUUCUAAAUAUUUUCGUUGUCUUUUUCUUGGUGGCCGCUGCGGGGCCCAUCUGUUUUUUUGGAACAAUUUUCAACGCCAUCAACGCAAUAGUAUUCUUCAAGCAAGGCUUUCAAGACACCGUGAACAUUACUCUGUUUUUUCUGGCCAUCUCCGAUUUGGGAACGUUGGUGAAUAUUUUUGGGAUGAGCAUCUGUUACAACCCUUGGUUCGUCCAAGCUGAUCUGCCCAUCCACUACCACGACUUGAGUUAUCUAACAACGGGCUGGCUCAGCCUCUGCUUCGCCCGUAUCUCCAGUUGGAUCACGGCUUUUGUCACUUUUGAGAGGUGUCUGUGCAUCGCUCUGCCCUUGAAAGUGAAAACUAUCAUAACACCGAGAAAUACUGUUAUCGUAAUUCUUGGUAUAUACGUCACUAUGAUUGUUAGCGUUGCACCUGUGUACUACGCAAUCGGUCUAGGACCCAAGUAUUUCCCUCAAUUAAACGCGACAAAGAUCGGAUUAGUUUACAUAUCUAACGGUGUCUCUAUCGAAAACGUCUCACUUUCUAUCAAUGCUUUCUCUCAGCUUUUUUCCUUCUUUGCCACCAUCACAUGCACGAUCAUCCUCGUUCACAAUCUUCUUCUGAAGUCAAAAUGGCGGCAGUCGUCUUCUAGCGCCGUUCAACAGAAAUCUUUUUCGAAAAGAGAUGCAAAAGUCGUCAAGAUGAUAGUUUUCAUUUCAAGUGUAUUCAUCGCAUGUUAUUUACCGAGCGCAGUCAACUUCAUUGCAACGGUUAUUUUUGACGAGUACGGUGUUCUUGGUAGAUAUCAGAAUAUGUUUGUCCUCACAUGGGUCAUUUUUCUCUGUCUGGUGGCAACCAAUUCUACUGUAAAUAUAUUUGUAUAUUAUAACAUGAGCUCAAAGUUCAGAGAAAUUUUGAACGACAUGCUCAAUAUAAAGAGAACUGAGACAUAGGUGUUAGGAGAACCAAAAUGAUUUCCUUACUGGAGUAGAACCUCAUCUUCUUUCUAAAGCUGGAACGUAAUAAAAAUGUUGCUCAAAUUUGAUCACGACAUUUUCCUGGAAAGACUGUGUGUUGUCCGAUAGAUGUUCCAAGUACUACUUAUCUUUAAAGUCACCAACAGCACAAAGAAUAAUAUACUAUUGAACUGACCAGCAGAAAGGAAAAAUAACCGAAGUGUGAUUCGAAUUUAAGAGCCAAAAUUUUACUCAGUAGCAUGCUUACAAUGUCUACAGAAGUCAAGGUACAGUUAGUCAUUUUUAAGCACAAGGGGGCUAUCCUGGAAAAUGCCUUUUCGAGAAAACUGAGGCUUUAGUUUUUGCCCCUUGUUCAGUUUCUUUAAAAGACAAGGAGAGUUUCUUCUAUAGCAAAACACAAUAUAAACACCAAAGAAACCAAACUUCUCCUAUAAUUAGGGCAAUGCCCACUUUUGGUGUAGCUCAAGUUUUAUGGAAACCCCCGAAAUUUAGGUUAGCCCGCUUGUCCUUAAAAGCGACCAGUUGUUUACUAGUGCCAAGGCCCAGUAGAAAUCGUUUGUUAUAUCACAUUAAAUAAAAUCUGGGUACGCAGAGCAAAUCCCAAAUCCCAGUACCAGUUACCAGUUACCAGCCAAGUGAGUAGGAGUGUCCCCCCCUUUAGAUAGUCCUUGCGUCGUAAGUUGAUUUUAGCAUUGUCGUAGAUGAAGGGGAAACAAGUCCGUGAGAUAAGUUUUUAUUCGAUUUACUGGCACUUUUUUUGAGGGACCAGUUUACUUAUUACAUACAAGGUUUUGUAGUAUUUGAAUAUUAUUUUGAGAUAUUUCAGUUUAGAAGUGAAGCCAGCAUAUAUUUCAAAACUUUGUUUUGUUUCGUACAAAUUGAUAGUUCACAAGCAAGUGUUCAAACAGCUUAACCAUAAAGUGAAAUCUUGUGCUAAUACCGAUAGGAAAAAGUACUAUUCUGCAAAAAUUGUUGAAUGUCCAUCCUCAAAAGCUUUAUUUAAGAUAUCAAAAGAACUCAGUGGACAAGCCAAAACAAAAAUCUUGCCCAACAAUGUUCCAAUGGAAACACUGCCAGGCAAAUUCUGUACUUACUUCCAUAACAAGGUUGUCCAAUUUCGGCAAGGAUUGGACUCAGAGAACAAGACAAGUAACAUCCCAAUGUCUGAACCAUUUGAUCGUGAACCUCUUGAAACGUUCAAGUCAGU